CUCACUCGCGCGCCGUUCCCCAUCCCGCGCACCUCCACGCGCGCAGCCACCUCUUUCGACGGCCACCGCCGCCGCCACCACCACCACACUCCGGCCAGCGAGCGACGGCCACGGGAGGAGACGACGCGACGACAGCCCGCGCGGCAGCGGCAGCGGCGACGCGAAGGGACCCGGCGGCGCGUGCGAGCCAUGGCCGAACGAUGAGAGGACGGCGGCUUGGCAGGCAGACUGGAGAACCGCUGUCGCAGAGGACGAGAGAGGGAAGCGUCCGCAUCCGCCGCGACAUCUGGGAUUUCUCUCCGGGGAGACGGAGCGCAGACGCCGCGUGCCACAAUCCGCCGCGCGCCACAGGACUAAGCGAGCUGACAUGCCGCGGCGCCACCGCGGUGGACCUGCGGCUGGACGACCUCUGUCAUUUCUCCCCUUUGCCGUUUUCCCGCUUAAGGUGACGCCUGCUGUCAAAUAAUCCGCCCCGCGUGAUUUGAGGAGUCGUUUAGCGGGAUUCGCUCCGGGAGCGAAGGAGGACACAUUUUAAGAGGCUGCACCCCACCUCCCCCCUUACAUAAAUGUUUGCGUGCCAUUAGUGCUCUCGUCCGCACACGCACGCGCGCGCGCGCGCUUCUUCGCCUCUGAAUAAGGUUCGCACGCAGACAGGCGCAUCUCACACGCAAACAGAGGCGCAGACGGACCUGGACGCUGUCUCACCCGCGCGCAUAUGCCGAUAUAAUUGCACAGCCGAGCCUCACCCCCCCUCCCCUCCCCAAGCACCCAGCCCUUCACCGUCCCCCUCACCCCCUCCCCACUAUCUGAUGACUCCCCGGCGCAGAGGUGGACGUGGUAAGGAACCGGCUCUAACAUCACCAUCGUCACCAUCACCACCACCAUCCUCAUCCUCAGCAGCACUACCGCUGCCACCGCCAUCGUCCUCUUCCUCGCCGCCGCCACCGCCAUGUCCUCGUCGCGCAAGAUCUCCUCCGAGUCGUUCAGCAGCUCGGUGGGCUCGGACUGCGGGCUCGAGAGCCCCGGCGGAGACGGGGGGGACGGAGGGCCGGAGCCGGCGGAGGAGCUGCGCGGCUGCCCCUUCUCCUCCUUCCCCGCCUCCCACAGAGCCGCGCUCUGGAACGGCCGCAGCCACGCGGACAGGCCGACGUGCCCGGCGGCGGGCGAGGAGCAGCACGCGCCGGGGGGUCCUCACAAGAGGGUGACCAGGAGGAGACGCGUGAACCUGGACUCGCUGGGGGAGAGCCUGAAGAGGCUGACCUCACCCACGACGCAGACUGUUCAGGAGGCGCUGCAGCGAACCCUGCACUUCUACAGGCAACAAGAGAUCAUGUGUCAAGAGGUUGGCAGCGAGGAGCGGCGAAAGGAGACGAGGGAGGAGAAGUGCCCGUUUCUGGAGAAUUCUGGUUCGGAAGAGGACGUCCUGCAGAUCCUGCAGUACAUGGCCACGAUACUGGGAGUGCCGUUCUGCGAACUGCGAGAGCACUUCGGCGAGGAGUUCUUCGGCCUCUGCUUUGAAGAGAACGAGCGAGUGCUCCGGGCCGUCGGCGGCAACCUCCAGGACUUCUUCAACGGCUUCGAUGCCAUUUUGGAACACAUUCGCACCUCCACGGGCCGCCGGGCCUCCUCCGAGAGCCCCUCCUUCCAGUGCAAGGACCCCCGCGAAGAGGAGAAGGGCAGGAGAAAAUUGGACCAGGUGGGACAUCGAGCGGGAGCGGACGCGGGCGGGACGGCGCUGCUGCUCCACUGUUUCAACCCCGCCCCCGUUGUCGGCUUAGUCAUGCCGGGGCUCAUCAGAGCGGUUGCCAGGCGGAUCUUUCAUGCAGAGGUGGAGGUGGAAGAGGUGCCCCCUCUGACGCCCCUAUUGGCCAGCGAGGACGCGGCGCACGCGGACGGCGGUUCGGCGAGCCCCACCCCCACCGCCUCCCCCGCCGCCUCCCCCGCCUCCUCCCCGUCCCCCCCUUCCGUUUUCCCCACCUCCGUGCCCGCGGUGUGCCUGUCCUUCCAAAUCCAGGAGGCGCGGCGCCCCCCGAGCCUCCCCCCCGUCCCCAGCGCGGCCCCGGCGAGCGCCGGGCGCCCCCCCCCCUCGCUCUCCGACGACCCCAGCGAUCUGCGCAUCGGCCUGGCCACGUUCUGCCGCGCCUUUCCCUUCCACCUGGUGCUGGGGCCUCGCAUGGAGCUGCUGCAGCUCGGGGAGGGGCUGAGGCGGCAGGCUCGCGUCGAGCCCCUGCGCAGCCUCUCGUUCCGGGACUGCUUCGAGAUCGUCUCGCCGAAGAUGGAGCCCUCGUUCCACGGCGUCCUGCUGAGGCUCGCGUCCCCCUUCACCAUUCGCACCAGACCGGACACCACGCAGAGUGGCACCAAAGAGAAGGUCAUGGAGCUGAAAGGUCAGAUGAUCCACGUGCCCGAGUCCUGCUCCCUGAUGUUCCUGGGCUCCCCGCGUGUGGACAAGCUGGAGGAGCUGAUGGGCCGAGGCCUCCACCUGUCGGACAUUCCCAUCCACGACGCCACCAGAGACGUCAUCCUGGUGGGCGAGCAGGCCAAAGCCCAGGACGGCCUCAAGAAGAGAAUGGACAAGCUGAAGGCCACGUUGGAGCGGACUCACCAGGCGCUGGAGGAGGAGAAGAGGAGAACCGUGGACCUGCUCUACUCCAUAUUUCCCGGGGACGUGGCCCAGAAGCUGUGGCAGGGGCAGCCGGUGCCGGCGCGCAAGUUCGACGACGUCACCAUGCUCUUCUCGGACAUCGUGGGCUUCACCGCCGUGUGCGCCCAGUGCACGCCCAUGCAGGUCAUCUCCAUGCUCAACGAGCUCUACACGCGCUUCGACUACCAGUGUGGCAUCCUGGACGUUUACAAGAUUGAAACCAUCGGCGACGCGUACUGUGUGGCGGGUGGGCUUCACAAGAAGGUGGACAGCCACGCCAAGCCCAUCGCCCACAUGGCCCUGAAGAUGAUGGAACUGUCCGAGGAAGUGCUGACGCCGGACGGGAGGCCCAUCAAGCUGCGGAUAGGGAUCCACACAGGGUCAGUGCUGGCAGGCGUGGUGGGGGUUAAAAUGCCUCGUUACUGCCUGUUCGGCAACAACGUUACGCUGGCCAGCAAGUUUGAGUCUGGGAGUCACCCGAGGUGCAUCAACGUUAGUCCCACGACUUACCAGUUGCUGAAAGACGACCGUUCGUUUUCAUUUGUUCCCCGCUCGCGACUGGACCUCCCUGAGAAUUUCCCUAAAGAGAUCCCAGGGACGUGUUACUUCCUGGAGGCGGGGACGUCUCACAGCCAUGCCUCGCUGACCAGCUCCCGCUCUGCACCCCCAGCCUCUAUGAGGAAAGUCUCCUACAGCAUCGGGACCAUGUUUCUAAGAGAAACAAGUUUGUAGGUACAGACUACUAUACGCGCGCUCAGAGCGGCUGGAUUUGAACCUGUGGAAGAUGCAGGGAAGCGGUCACGUGGAUCUUUGGAUAUGCAAAGGCAUCAUAUGGAAACCUUGAAUUUGAAACAGUGGAUGGUUGACGUGUAUGAAACUUAAAAUAGCUCUCGGUGGGGAGAACAACAUGCCCUAUCUUCCCUGAGCGCAGAGAUUGCUCAAACGACUUGGUGAACAGCAACUGUGGCAGUCUCACAUGGACCACGCUCCAGGGAAGUGGACCGAGGGCCUCAGUCGGUCGGGAAACCUCGGUACAAGGCCUGUGAUCCAACCGGAUCACAGGCUCCGCUUCAUACCUGAUUUCCUGUCCAGUGUUCUUUUCUCCAAAACAGCUCCCGGCCUGCGAGGAGGCCACACUGCUCCACCCUGGAACAGAGACCAUUUGCACAGCCAGAGCAAUGUAAUUACGCAAACAGAACAAAUCCACUUUCCAUCGACAAAGCGCGUGCUGAGGAAUGAAGGGCGGAGAAGCUUCAGGAGGCGGCGACAGUGAUGCUGGGCAUCAGGGCCUCUCGUACAAGGACCACCACACGUUUAGGACAGUACAACUCCCCUCACUCCCCGUCCGAAUGUCCCCGAGUCAUUCCGUGCGAACAUCUGCUGCUUGUCGCAUCCAUCCAUCCAUCAACCUGGGAUCAGUUAUCGGGCCUCAAUAAGGAAAUAAGUUUGAAAAUAAAUGUCAUAAAUGUCUGUUCUGCUUGUUACUGUAGGUACAGCGAAGUAUAACCAACAGCACCCCAGUCAUCUCACUGCAGCUAAUGAGUCUAGGACUGAAGGUUAUUCUGCUCAGUGCCUUUUUAACUGGUUCAUUUGAAAUAUUUGAAAACAAGGAGCGCUUCAUUUAUCUCACAGUUCCACCUAUUUAUAUGUUUUAUGACAGUUGACAAUUUCAAAUAUUAGAAAUUGUAUGCAUCCCCUUUUUGUCCAGGUCAACCAAUAAGACACCAAAUAUAGUACUAAUGUAAUAUAGUACUAUAUUAACUUGUAGAUGUACUCACAGUAUGCACGUUAGACAUUUUUCACAUUUACAUACAGUAUGUGCUCUGUUUAAAUUGCGUUUUAUUUUACGGUAUGAUUAAACCCAUGCAGAUGUUUCUAGUUUGAGUCUACUACCGGUGGAGUUGAAUUCACUCUGUGGAAAUCUCAGGCCUUCCAAAUGCUCCAGCGUUUCCCAAUAACCCACACACGGGGAAAAGGGUUACAUAUUCAGUUUGUAUGGGUGUUUGAUGUUUAAUAUAUUGCGUUGCUGCAGUUGAUUUUCAGCUUUUCAGUACAAAUCGACUACGACGUUCAUAUCAGAGACUAAAUAUCUAAGAGAUCAAAGAAAUGUGCCAAAUGGAGCUCUGAGACACCACCAGCACAGGCUGAGCCGACUUUGGGCGGUAAGUAUUGUCUCCUGCUGCCGGUUGUGUACACAAGCCUUCAGUGGCAGAACAGAACCAACAUGGACUCCACCAGUAAAACACGCGUUCGUAGGGGACGGAAAUCGCGCUGACUGUUCAAUCCGCUAACGGCCAGCGUGCCCUCUGAGUUAGACUGGCACCAGCAUUGCUAUGUGCCGUAGGAGAGGAUCUGCUGGGACGUGUGGGUGUUUAAAAUGGAAACGAGUUCUGGCGACUUUGGACAUAGUCCGUUAUUUCCAUUAAAAGCAGCAGUAGAACCUGAAACCUUCAAGCACGUGGACGUUUGAAGUAUGAUUUGUCAAGGUCCUGAUACAUUUUCACAAUGGAAAUAAAGGCUGAAAAAGCAAAAGGUAUUUUUGAGAAAAUUAUUUCUAUACAUCCCAUAAUCAUUUCUAUAUUUGCUAUAAAUUAAAACAUAGUUUGUGUGAUUCUAUGCAGUAGAGAAAAAAAAAACAC